GGUGUAAACAAAGAUGCCAAUAUGGCGACGUUCACAGUCAAAUAGGAGACAUGCCAAACUUCCACUAGCAGAACUGAGAGUUUGUUGAUAGUAGUGAACACGGUGUACAACAUAAUGACUGAACCUAGAAGUUUAGUGCGCUACUACUGCACCGCCGGAAACGGGAUGGAGCCUUUCUUAAUUGAAGAGGUGCAGAGGAAGCUGGCAGCUGAAGAUGUUUGUCAGGUGCCAGGUAAAGUGUUAUUCAGCUCCUCUGCGGCGAUCAACAAAGUCUCUCUGCAGCUAAAGGCUGCAGAGAGACUCUUCCUCCUGUUGAAGAGAGACUCGCCUGUGCGGCUCUCUGUCCACACCAGCCCAGCAAAGGCAGCCUCUGUGCUGCAGUCCAGACUGUUGGGUGACAAGAAUGAAUGGACCAGUGCUGUAAUGACAUGGAGCCGCCUGCAGGGGGAGCUGGCGGACAGAAGAACUACUGUCAACACACCAAGCACUGCCCUGGGAGGAAGGUGGAAGAGGGAGGAGGGGAGGAGGAGUGAACAGCAGGGGGAAGAGGAGGAGAAGUGUGAUGUGGAGACUAGAAAAAGUACAGAAGAGCAGAGGGAGGAGGAGAGUGGGAACGGGAGACAGAGAAGUGGCGAACAAAAUGGAGCCCCGACACCGGUGAAAAAGAGAAAGAGGGAUGAUGAAGAAGCGGAGGGAAGGGAGGUUGCAGCUUUUGACUCUAGUAGUGAGAUUAAUGAAGAGGAUGAGAAAACAUCUGAGAGAGAAAGGAGGAGAGAGGGAGAAGAGGAGAGGGAAGCGGUUAUGGAGUUUAGCAGCUGUAGAAAAAGGGGUAAACAUGGAGCAAUAUCAGGAACAGAUUUCAGUGGCGGAGAUCACGCAGCAACAGGACAAGACCACACUGUGGAAAUUAGCAGAAACAGGAGGAUGGAUGACUUGCCAAAGGACUUCGCUGUAGAAAAUGUGGAAAAUGUGAAGACUACAGGAGAAAGAGAUAGGACACUACUGCAACCCAGCAGGAUCAGACCAGAGCCUUCUCUGGUCCCCGUCUCUUUUAGGAUUAGCUGCAAGUGUACUGGAUCUCUGUCCCGAUACUUCAGCACACAGGAGGUGAGCAGAGUGAUUGGAGUAGGUCUGAGCAGACUGCUGGGCUGGAAGGUUGAUCUAAAGAAUCCACAGCUGGAGGUGAAUGUUUAUUUGAGUGAUGACCACUGCCUGCUGGGGAUUCCACUAACCAGGUUACCUCUGGCUAACCGGAGCUACAUUAAAACCACAGGACUGAGGUCUACUGUCGCCUGGGCCAUGGCCUCAUUGGCUCCGAUACAGCCCGGCUUCUGUGUGGUCGACCCAAUGUGUGGGGUGGGGACCAUCUUAAUAGAAGCAGCUCAUGAACACAAGGAUGCCUGUUUCCUGGGUGUGGAUAUUGAUGAUGGACAGCUGCAGAAGGCCAAUGAGAAUGUAGAGUUUGCAGAGCUAGAAAACAGAAUACACCUACUGAAAGCUUCAUCUAUGGCGCUGCCUCUGCCCAGCGCCAGUAUAGAUGCUGUAGUCUGUGACCUGCCAUUUGGAAGAAAGUUUGGCACCAAAACCAACAUGGCUGCCAACCUGCCACUCAUCCUCACUGAGAUGGAGAGAGUCCUCCGGAUUGGCGGUACCCUGGUUCUCCUUCUGAGUCCUCAGUUAUCCUGUCUCCUGAAAAAACUCCUGGUACAGAAAGAAACUGGCCCAACGUUUAACCAGGAAACAAAGCCUCAAACUGGGAUACAAGACUCUCCUUCUCUGUCUUCCACAAAGCAGCAGACUUUCCAAAUACACCAGGGCGUCAAAUCCCCACCUACCCAGGAAACAAGCUCUAAAUCUGGGCUACAAUACAGUCUCUUCUCCCUGAAGCACCUGGCAACUCAUAGAGUCAGCUUAGGCAUGAUAGAUGGACUUAUUCAUAAAUACGUCAAGAUAGACACUUGAUCGGUGUUGAUGGGAGUUACAUUUCAAACUAAUUAUUUUCUAGUAAUUAGUUACUUUUCUCGUCAUAAAAAAUAAGUAAUGUUGACAUGCCACACUUAAGUUAAACUGCUUUUUGUGUGUGUGUGUUUGUUUCCCUUCUGUUUUUCAACUGCAAAUAAUAUGAAGAAAUACAUAUUUUUGAAGAAUUUUGAGUUGUGUGAAUGUUGCCAUUCCAGAGGUGAAUCCUUCUUCCUGUCUUACAUUUAAUUCACAUUUAAAUCAUCAAAACUGCAAUUUAAAAGAGCCUGACAUGUAGAGUAGGUCUUGGAUUGUGCAUUUAAACGAUUAGGCUGAAGUUAUUCUUGGGGAGUUAUUGUGUUCUUCAAAGUUCUCAAAACUGUAAACUCUACACUGACUAAAGAUGUCAAACUUUAAUAAAAAUGACAAAUAAAUAAUUUAAUUUAUAAAAAUAA